GAUCACUCUAACAAUAUAUCAGUAGACGAGCGAGCGCACAAACGAAACUGAAAUUCAAAAUUCAAAUCUAAUUGAAAUCCACAGGAGAGAGAGCAAACAUCGCUCACUCUUAACGAUUUCUUCCCAUCGUCUCUCUUCACUUCUCUCUCUCACGUCUUUCGUCUGCAAUGUCUUCCACCAGAAAGAGCACCAAGAGAUCACGCCCAGAGCCGCCGCCGCUUCAAUCGCUCAAGAAGCAAGCACCGAACGCAAAGAUCAGCGACGAUUUGGAUCUCGAUGUUUCCAGCGAUCUCAAAGGAAUCAUGUCGGCGUUGCAGCAAAUCAGAGAGAAAGCGCACGAGGAUGGCCGUAAGAAGAAGGAAGAGAGCAUCUCCAGUGUGUCUACUGAGGUAAAGUCAAAGAUCGAUGAGCUGAAGUCAAAGCUUGAGAAAGAAAGACAAAACUUUGCUAAAGCACUUACAAAGAGUUCAAAGGAGUGUGAGAGUCUCUUGAAGGAUGAAGCAGCCAAAUUUGAGGAGCUUCAUCACAAGUUCAUGAAGGAAAAAUCUGAUCAUCUACAGGGUCUGAAAGACAUUGUUUCCAAGUUUGAGGAGGACAAGGAGAGGCUCUAUAUGCGAUAUGAGCAACAAAGGAAGAAGGACAAGACAAUGAUAUCAGACCAGGAGAAGUUCUGCGCGGAAAAGCUUGCUCAAUUGGAAGAGUCGCUCAAGACAAAGAAACGGGGUGACAAAACGUUCAGCAUACUGAGGAAAACUCUCGGCUCUUUUCUGGAGAAUGAAGCUUCUGAUGAGGAGUUCCCACCUGAUGAGUGAAUCAUCUACGUCUCUUCACUUGACGCUGCAAGAAAGUUAAAAACCCUUUGACUUUGAUCCAGCCGGACCUUUCUUUAUAUAUUUUCAGGUAUUGGCCUUGCCAAUUACAGCACAGAACACUACUCUGAAGAGUAGUAUUUCAAAGCUUUCAAUAUUAUGACCAUGAACCUUAUUGUCUUCUAUUCUAUGUUAUAGUUUCAAAUGAAAGAUUAAUUACACUA